AUGACAAAUAAUAACGAUGAUUUGUUACUUCAGUGGUUAAAUGAAGAGAUUCCGUUAGAUAAUAAUGAGAUUACCGACGAAGAAUUAUCGGAUGACGAAGACAAUAUUACGAAAGUAGAACCUGUAGUGAUAGCUGUGCCGACUUCUACUCAAAUUGUCAAUCCCCUCGACACUUCUGGCCCUUCUAAUAAUAUCAAAUCUCCGCCUUCCAAAAGGCUUAAAAACACUUCAAAAAAAAAAAAAGAAGAUAUCUCACAAAUUCGCCGUAAAUGGAAAAAGAUAACUGUCAAAACAUUAGAACCCGAUUAUUCACUUCCCGAUGGACCCGUUGAUGGCAAAUUCAAGGGGGAAACUGCUACGUCAAUAUUUUUGGAAUUUAUCGAUGGUUUUAUUGAUCAACUUGUGUAUACAUUUUUAAUGGGAUACAACAAACUGCCAAGUUGGAAACAUUAUUGGGCAACAUCUGAUGAUUUAAAUGUUCCCUGUGUGUCAAAUACAAUGAGCCGUAAUCGAUUUGAUAAUAUUUUAUCAAAUCUUCAUGUUCAAGACAACUCAUUGAUCCCAACAAAUAAUAAAGAUAAACUGUUAAAACUUAGGCCUUUCAUAAAUUACUGUAAUGAAAUAUUUUCUACAUCUUACCAUGGAACGAGAGAACUAAGUAUUGAUGAAUCGAUGAUUAUUUUUAAAGGUCGUAACUGUAUGAAACAAUAUAAUCCUCAAAAACCUAUCAAACGCGGAUAUAAAAUAUGGUGUUUAUCUGACCAAAGGGGAUAUAUAAAAAAAUUUAGUAUUUAUCAAGGCAAAGAUGAGCAAUUAUCUGAUGAAUUUGAGUCAUUUGGUUUGGGUGAGCGUGUUGUAUUGAAUUUGACGAAAAACGAGUGGAAUAAAAAUAAAAAAUUUUUUUUUGACAAUUAUUUUACUUCAUUGCCAUUGCUAGAAAAAUUAAAAGCAGAAAAUUCACUAGCAUGUGGGACAAUCCGAUCAAACCGUAAAGAUGUCCCGGAAUUAUCUGAAGAUAAAAAAGCGCCUAGAGGUUCAUCAGAUUAUCGCAUUACCAACACUGGUAUUGGUGUUUACAAAUGGAAAGAUACCAAGUAUGUUAUGUUAGCAUCAAAUUAUCAUGGUUCAGAAAUAACAACUGUUACAAGAAAGGAUAAUUGUGGUCGAAAAAAAGAUAUUCUAUGUCCACAAGUUGUUCGUGAUUAUAAUUGUUAUAUGGGUGGUGUAGAUCAUGCUGAUCAACUUAGAACAACUUACGGUGUUAACAGAAAAUCAAAAAAGUGGUGGCACCGAAUAUUUUGGGGUUUAUUAGACAUUAUGUUUGUAAAUUCGUAUGUGGUAUACAAGCAAAUACAUGGAAGUAUUACUUUAUUGGAUUUUCGUCGUUCAGUCACACAAGGACUUUUGACUUUACGAGAACUUCCUAAAUCAAAUAAAAGACAGUCAACUUCAACACCAAAAAAUAAAGGUCCGGCAACAAAGAGGAGAGGAAAAGAAUGGUCAGUGUCAAAAGAUGUGCGUUUAACUAAUCGAGGAAUUCAUUGGUCAAAAUUUGUUACUAAUCGAGGACGUUGUGAAGUUUGUGCUAUAAACGGAAUUCAAUCAAGACCAUAUUCAAAAUGCUAA